AUGGCCAGCCAGUCGCAGGGCAUCCAGCAGCUGCUGCAGGCCGAGAAGCGGGCCACGAGAAGAUGGCGGAGGCCCAAAAGUGAAAGAACGAACCGGAGGCUGAAGCAGGCCAAAGCAGCAGCUCAGGCUGAAAUUGAACAAUACCGUCUGCAAAGAGAGGAGGAGUUCGACACCAGGGAAGCUGCAGCUCUGGGAUCCCAUGGCAGCUGCAGCACCAAAGUCGAAAAAGAGACCCAGGAGAAGAUGACCAUCCUCCAGGCCUACUUCCAGCAGAACAGGGAUGAAGUCUUGGAUAACCUGCUGGCCUUUGUGACAGCCGGUCAGAAAUCCACGAAAACUACCGCAUAA